CUGUCUGGUGGCUGAGUGUGGCUUUAAUACAAGCAGUAUGUAGUCUCCUUCUACACUUGCAAUAGGAGAUCAUAAUUAAAGCACUGGCAUGCUUUGGAAUUUCAACAGGCUCCUUACCCCACACUCUUCAUAUCACAUUUUACUGGACUGAUUUACCCUAAGGGGGCUGUUCUCAUCUUGCAGCAUAGAUUUUCUGGCACUGGGACUUCUCAUAAAGGUGGAUUAUAUGGAUACAAAGUUGAUCAUAAAAAGGUAUUGCCAACCAGCUCUCAGCAGAGAUGCCAGAUAAAACACCAGAGGGCACAGAAUCUACGUCCCAGAAUAAAGAUGACUACCACUCUUCCCUCAAUGCUUUGUCUUCUGUAGCACAGCCAUCAAGCCCUAGGACUACUGGGGAAGACCUGCACAGAGCAAACAGACCGUUCCGCUACUGUGAGAUUAAAAACAUGGAGCUGUCUGAUGGUGAUAGACCAGUCAGCUUUGGGUCUACUUCCUCCUCUGCUUCUUCCAGGGAUAGCCAUUGUUCGUUUGGCAGUCGAAUGACACUAGCAUCAAACAGUAAUUUUGGCUUGUUCCACCAGGAUAAGGAAGCAGGGGCCAUUAAACUAGAACUAGUUCCUUCUCGGCAGCUUUCAAAUGAUGACAUUUCCAGGAACUGUUAUAGGGAACAAGCUCAUGAAAGCCCAAGGGAGAAACAAUCUAAUGAAUGUCAUGACACGCCAAGGAAAGACUCGAAAGGACCAUUAAAAAAAUGUGCAAUGUCUGAUGUGGUGGAGUCUUCAAGUCCAAAGCUCAUGUAUGUUGACAGAGUUGUCCAAGAAAUUCUUCAAACUGAGAGGACAUACGUCCAGGAUCUUCAAAGCAUUGUUGAGGAUUACCUUGAUUGUAUUUCUGACCAAUCAAGACUUGCUUUAGGAACAGAAGAACGGUCAGCUCUUUUUGGAAACAUACGAGAUAUCUACCAUUUCAACAGUCAACUCCUCCAUGAGUUGGAAAACUGUGACAACGACCCAGUUGCAAUAGCAGAGUGUUUUGUUUCAAAGAGUGAAGAGUUCCAUAUUUAUACACAAUACUGUACAAAUUACCCAAGGUCUGUAGCUGUGUUAACGGAGUGCAUGAGAAAUAAAAUACAAGCAAAAUUCUUCCGAGAGCGUCAGGAGGUCUUACAACACUCGCUUCCUUUGGGGGCUUACCUAUUGAAACCUGUUCAGAGGAUCCUUAAGUAUCACCUACUGUUACACGAAAUAUCCAAUCACCUGGAUAAGGACACAGAGGGAUAUGAUGUUGUCCUGGAUGCCAUAGACACGAUGCAGAGGGUAGCGUGGCACAUUAAUGACAUGAAGAGGAAACAUGAACAUGACAUUCGCCUUCAGGAAAUCCAGAGCUUACUCACUAAUUGGAAAGGGCCAGACCUGACAAGUUAUGGAGAGCUUGUUUUAGAGGGGACGUUCCGUAUUCAGCGAGCCAAAAACGAGCGUACUUUGUUUCUGUUUGAUAGACUGCUUCUCAUCACAAAGAAAAGGGAAGACACAUACUCUUACAAAGCUCAUAUCCUGUGCUGCAAUCUCAUGCUGGUUGAAGUGAUUCCCAAAGAACCACUUAGUUUUAGCGUGUUUCAUUAUAAGAAUCCUAAAAUACAGCAUACCGUGCAGGCUAAAUCACAGCAGGAUAAGAGACUGUGGAUACUGCAUUUGAAGAGGUUGAUUCUUGAGAACCACCCAGCAAAAAUCCCUGCAAAGGCUAAACAAGCGAUUUUGGAAAUGGAUGCUAUACAUCAUCCAGGGUUUUCUUACGCUUCAGAAGCAGAACGAAAAUCCUCUGCAACACUGAAAGAUGACCUGGCAACAUGUAGAGUCAGAAGGAAGUCAGAACCGUCAUCUAACCUGCAUAAGGUCAUGAAGCAAAAUGAUAUGAGUCCUGAUACCCAGAAGCGUAUCAGCAUACAGAGCAGUCUGCUUUGUCAAGCUGCUAAACUGGCGUCCAGCGAAAUGAUCCGGAAAGGCGUUCUAAGUCAGACCGGUAACAUUCAAAACACCCAGGACUACUUUGACAGGCCCUACGGAGAAGGUCUUGCAUUGCGAGCAUCAGAUCAGACCGACGCUGAUGAUGAGGAGGAGUCUGAGCAGAACUCACUGCCAUGUUCUCAGCAGAAGAUGAAAGGAGGCCGGAAGAGGCUCAACAGCCAAGUGUCAGACAACGUGGAAAAACGCAGAAGUAUUAAUCUUAGUUUAUGUGACGGCCAGAAUUCAAAGGAUCAGUCGGAUGAAGAGUCAUCGCAGUUGAAUGCAGAGCAGCAUUUUCCCAGUUCACGCGUUUGCCCUCUGAGCAGACAGCAGGGCACACCACAGGGCAACUCUUUAAUCAUGAACAUUCUUGGAGGAGCAAGUACUUUGAGAAACAUUUGGACUGAUCAUCAAAUUAGACAAGCUCUUUUUCCUGCCAGACGGCAUCCACAGGAUGAGGAUGACGAUGAUUACCAAAUGUUUAUGAUGUCCGGAUCUGCUUCAAGGGCACAGCAAGAAAGUGGUGCAUCUAGUCGGCCCUGUAGUUGGCACCUUGGACUAAUGCAAGACGAAAAUAUGUCUGGUUCUUACGGCAGAGUUGUGAGACGAGCAAGUAGCGUGGGGGAAAAUAAAUCCCAUCCUCGUAAUCUGAGGAGCAGGCAAUCAAACUAUCAGUCUUCUCAUGGUGAACUUUCAAACCGCUCAUCUGAACAAGGCCAAAAACGUUCUUCUCUCGAUUCUUCAGAAGAGCUUACUAUUGAUGAUAUUGAACAUGUUUAUGAUAAUAUUAGUUAUGAAGACCUGAAACAAAUGGGACUCUUAAGAAAACAUGAUUCUGACUUCCUUUCUGUUAGUACUGCAAGUGAUUCCAUUCAUCAGUGUUGUGACAGCAAUAGAGGCUCUGUCGCAUCAACCAGAGAGAAGACCGACUAUCAGAAGGGAAUAUCCAAUUCUUGCUCCCAGGAGCUUCAGAUCAUUGAAGAAAACAUCUAUGACUCUAUAUGUCUCCCAGAACAGUCAUUGGAACACGUGAAACCGCAUUCGCAUUCUAAAAGGAAACAGUUUUUGGGCAUGGACUCAGAUUUUCAGUGUUUUGGUCAUAUGAAUCGAUUUGUUUCUGAAGAAAGCCUGCAGUUUAGUGAAGAUGACUCCUCUGACCAUCGUGUGCCCAUUGGAGAUGGGGAAUAUUUUAAUUUGUUGGACACUUCCUCCAACUCGGAUUCUGUAUCUCACAAGUCUGCGGCUGAUAAAUUGUCUGAAGAAGUGGAUGAAAUCUGGAAUGAUUUGGAAAACUACAUUAAAAAGAAUGAAGAAAAGAAGAAUGAGCGUCUUUUGGCAUCCUUUCCUGUGAGCAAAGAUGAUAUAAAUGAAAGGCGUCUUACAGCAAGUGUGCCCGUUUUCAAAAAGGAUGUAGACUAUUCUCAUUCAACGUUAUGUCUGCCAGAGAAUUCAUAUUUACCCAUAACAAAUAGUCCAAAUAUUAGAAAAGAUACAAUGAGUGCCAAAACCUCUACCAGUGGCUCACUGUUAAGUCUAAAUAGGACUUCUCUUGCAAAUGAGAUGACCUUAGUGGAUUCUUCUUACUUUGCAUCUGAAACCACCCUUUCUUGUUCAGAUGCCCUAAGUACUCAGGGUUUGGACAGCAUUGAUAAAUCCAAAAACAAAGUCUUCACAAUGGCUCGCCAAUACAGCCAAAAAAUAAGAAAGGCCAAUCAGCUUUUAAAGUUGAAAAGUCCAGAGCAGGAACAACCACUUUGUAAACCACAGAAACUAAAACCAAAAGAUCUAGCAGCUAUUAUGGAAGAAAAGAAGCAAGGAGGGCCUGCUAUUGGUGCUAGGAUAGCUGAAUAUUCUCAGCUUUAUGACCAGGUUAUCUUUCGUGACUCUCCUGCGAGAAUGCAAAAUGAAGCCAAGGACAGCCCAAAAAAUUCACCAGAUUCGAGGAAGAAACAGUUUCAACAGCCAGCCUCCCCUAUAACCUCUCGGCGUCGCAGUAAAUGUUUGCAAACGGAUAGUUUGGCCUUGGAUUCUACAAACACUAAUGGAGACGUUACAGAUUUUUUUACGUGGCCUGACUUCAAGGACUUUAAAUCAAAAUCUGACUAUGCUGGAAAUUGUGCUAGAAGCCACCAAAAGAAUAUCACAAAUGCAAGCUCUGUCCCUUCUUUGAUCAAAUUGACUCCAAAGGCUUUGCAUUCCCAGAGAUGGAGUACAGUUAGUCAACAAUAUGAUGAAAACACCCAUCAGGAUCUUGCAUGUAAAUCAUUAGGUAGGAGAGUGUCCUGUGAGCAAAAACAGUUGCAUAUGCAGCCUCAGUCUUCAUCGUCUACGUUCAUUCACAGGGUGGAACAGUCCACUAAAGUAUCAAAAAACAUGCCUGUACAACCAACUCCAUGUAAUUUUAGAGCUAUGAGAAAGCCUGAGCUUUGCAAUUCUGGAGAUCGCAAUAUCGAGGAAAAUGUAUAUCAAGAAGAAAAUUGUGAGAUGACACUGCAGGAUUCUCAGAAGGUAUUGGUGCUGAGCAAGUUGUCUUCUCUUAAUGCUCAGAUAGCCACUUUAAAUUAUUUUGCAAACUUUAAAGACACAGAAGGAGAUGGUGGCGAUGAUGAUGAUGACGACUAUGUGGAGAUAAAAUCUGAAGAUGACGAGGAAGAGCAGGAGGCUGGUUCAAGUCACAGAAAUCCAAGAGUGCACCAAGAUCCUGAUCGUUUACAAAGUCGGUGUAGUGCUGUAAUGUCUUGUUCUUCUUUUAGCAGGCCUAGUACACCAGGCAAACCAUCAAACUUCAAAGAAACAUCUGACGUUAUAGCUUAUGAAGAUGAAGACAAACUAAGUGACUAUCUCUGGAGGCCACCAUCUUCAAAUCAGCAAAAUAUUGUUCAGUCCCUUAGAGAGAAAUUUCAGUGUCUCAGCUCCAGUAGUUUUGCGUGAACACACGUUUCUUGAUGUAGUUUAGCAAAGACGUACUGUAAUAUUAUGUAUCAUAAACAUGCACUGUAUUAAGGCAACACAUCGGUUUAAACUAUUUGUUGCACCGUAUUGUUUACAGUUUAUGUAGAUUGCGGAGGGGCUACAUUAUUCCUGCUAUGUUACUCGGAUUAGGUCUUGUAAACUGGUGACCCAUAAAAGUUUGAAUUUUGUUAAACAUGGACAACCUGUUACUAGUCAGUGUGUGGUAUGUUUUCACUUGAUUUAAAUGUAUGUGAAUAAAGCCCAGAUAAUGUAGGUCAGAAAACUAGUGC